AUGGCGCAAUUAAUUGAAGUUGAUCAAGUAUCUCUUGUUGCUUCUAUUCUUGGAGGUUUUAUCAUUUUGUACGGUCUUGUGUCAUUUUUUAUUAAAGAACGUUUGUAUUUAUCGGAAGCUCUUGUUUCCGUGACAAUGGGAAUAAUACUCGGUCCUAACGUUUUAAAAUUGCUUAACCCAAUGAAUUGGGGUCCUAAAGAUGAUAUUACUCAUGAUCUUCUACGUAUUGUUAUUGCUGUUCAAGUAAUGUUUUCUGGGGUUGCAUUACCAAAGGCAUACCCUGUCAAAGAGUGGAAAACAUUACUUAUUUUAUAUCUCCCAGUUAUGACAUACAUGUGGGCUGUCAGUGGUUUAUUAAUCCGGUGGUUGAUUCCAAAUAUAAAUUUUCUUGAGGCUUUAGCGAUAGCAGCAUGUAUAACACCAACUGAUCCUAUUUUGGCCAACUCGGUAGUCAAAGGUCGCUUCGCAGAAAAGCACGUACCUCCUCAUGUGCGCAAUUUAUUGUCCGCCGAAAGUGCUUCAAAUGAUGGUCUUGCAUAUCCAUUUUUGUACCUAACGAUUUAUCUUAUGGAAGAAUCUUCUGUUGGCAAAGCUUUUGGACUAUGGUUCUUAUAUUCUUGGUUAUAUCAAGUUUUAUUAAGUUGUGUCAUAGGAAUAAUUGCCGGUUAUGUUGCAAGAAAACUAUUAUAUCUUGCUGAAAGCCACCGGCUGAUUGACAAAGAAUCUUUUCUCGUGUUUGCCAUUGCAUUGGCUUUAUUUUUGAUGGGAACUGUAUCAAUGAUUGGCAGUAAUGAUUUACUUGCUUGCUUUACAGCUGGAACGGCAUUUACAUGGGAUGAUUGGUUUCGUAAAGAGACUGAAGAGGCUCAUUUGCAGGAAGUUAUCGAUAUGCUACUCAAUCUUGCAAUGUACGUUGGUGCUACUAUUCCCUGGUCGGAAUUCAAUAAUGUUGAUACUGGGAUUACAGUUUGGAGAUUAACCCUUUGUGCCAUAUUGAUUUUAAUAUUUCGUCGUCUUCCGAUUAUCAUGGCAUUAAUGAGAUUUAUGCCUGCGAUAAAAACGUAUCGUGAAGCCGCGUUCACGGGGUGGUUCGGCCCUAUAGGCAUAGGCGCUAUAUAUUAUCUCACCGUUAUUAAGCAACAUUAUGAAUUGGAUAAAACAAAUAUUUUAUACGUCACUGUUGAACCCGUCGUUUAUUUUACGGUGAUAAGCUCAAUAUUAGUCCACGGUAUUACAAUUCCUGAAGCACAUAUAGGUGAAUCUGAUAUGAUUUCAUCAACAAGACAUGAAGACAUUCGCAAAGAAAAACAAAGAGAAGAGGAAGGAGAAGACUGGCAUCAUAAUCUUGACAUACCGCAAAAUAUACGGGAAAAAUUUAAACGAAAGCAUGCUAAUGAUCAGGGCAAAUCAGGAACAUUCAGUUCAAGGUAUGCAAUAUGGGAUGAAGGCGAUUCUUAUAUUAUUGAGAAUUAUGAUGGUGAAGAUAUACACGUCAUACCAUCUGCGCACAGCACGUCCACACAAGAACAAAAUAGAAGUUAUUUCUUUAGAAGAAAUACGGGAUCAACCAAUGAUUCAACGCAAAAUUCGUCGUAUAAUCAAGAACAUGGUCGAGGAUCUUCUAAAAGAGACAGGGGAUCGCCUUUGGAGCCAUCACCGCAAAUUCGAUUGGAAUCCUUUAGAGAGGAUGAUGUUGAAUCCCGUGAAUCCCAUAUGGAUGCCGGUGAUAUAAUUGAAGCGGAAAUGAAAACUCCUAAAACCGAAAGACGAAAAUAUUUUUCAAAUAAAAUUAACGAGGAUGAGGAUAAAAGACCGAAAGAAAUUUUUGUGAAAAAUGAUGAUAUUUUUGAUUUUUUACGUCGCGUCGGGUUAGAAGAAUAA